CACAUCGAAGCAUCCUAAUCAGUUCCUGCCGUGCGAAAAGAAAGUGUAGAACUGUUCUAGUUUUCGUAUCCUCGAAAAUGAGACCGUGAAUACCUGCACACCUAAGAGAGGAGAGGUAUUUGUGGGGGCUUGGACAUCGAUUCUUUGGCUAUAGGGAAAUGACUGGGUGAAGGGCACUCGGGGGCAGAGGUCUGCUUUGAUCACAUCUGGGGAGGUCAAUUAAACAGUGGCUUGACUUUUUGGUCAUCGAAUUCAUAUCACCGGAAUCUCAUGAGCUCGCCAGUUGGCUAUAUCCUCCGUAAUGUCAAGGCAGCUAUCGGCCAUCUUGUUAGUUGACCACCUGGAACUCAACCACAGUAUUUUAAUUUCCAUUCCAUCUUAUGUGUGAAAAAAAGAUGCAGGGAUUUAUUUUCCGCAAUUCGAGCCCCCAUCUAUAUAUUGUUGGAUAGUGCCAAGCUUCAUGAUGUUGUAUUUUGAACCCCGCAUGAAAUAGUUGGCAGCCGCAAGUUGCAGGUGACCUCCGUUAACGUGGCUUAAGACAGGGUGGCGGGUAAGAUCCACCCAACACAGCACGAAGAUAAAACAAGCACCAUGAAAAUAAUCAUCAUAGGUGCCGGCCUAGGCGGACUAACAUGUGCGAUCGCCUGUCGACGCGAGAAUCUAGACGUGGUCGUGUUAGAACGCAGUCCCCAGCUACUACCCGCUGGGGCAGGUAUACAGAUUCCACCAAAUGGAGCGCGGGUCUUGCAGGAGCUAAACCUGGUACACCAGGUCUUAGAGAAAGGCACCGUAGUCGAGUCAAUGGACCUUCGUCGCUACAAGGAUGGCAGCGUUAUCACUUCGAUGGAAUGUGGGGAAACGGUCGCUCGGGAAUAUGGCAGCCCGUGGAUCAUUAUUCAUAGAGCGGACUACCAGCAGAUUCUGUUUGAUAGAGCUACGAGUAUGGGUGUUGAGAUACGCUUCGGGGCCAAUCUUCAACGUAUAGACUUUGAGGCCACCGCGGCCAUUCUUGAAGGGGGAAAGACAGUGGCAGGGGAUGUUAUCAUCGGCGCUGACGGGCUGUGGUCAACGGUCAGGGAAGAAAUGUCCACUCGGUCCUUUCCACCUAUCGAGACUGGUGACAUGGCCUAUCGGGCGGUUUUUCCUAGGAGCCAACUUGAAGCCCUAGGCGAUCCGGAGGUAACCCGCCUUUGUAACAAGGUCGCUGUCACGGCUUGGCUGGGGCCUGAUAAACAUGCCGUCUUCUACCCGGUCCGUGGUGGUGAAGAAUUUAACCUUGUUCUGUUACAGCCUGACAAAAUGCCGGCGGGUGUACGCACAGACGAAGGGGAUUUAGAAGAGGUUCAAUCGGGCUUUCGAGACUGGGACACGACGCUUCAGAGGUUAAUCACCUGCAUAUCCUCCGUGGUUAGGUGGAAGUUGUGCCAUCUUCCGGAGCUGGAGACGUGGACUAAGGGCCGGGUAACGCUUUUAGGAGACGCGUGUCAUCCAACGCUCCCAUACCAAGCUCAGGGGGCCGCUAUGGCAGUACAAGACGGAGCUGUGUUGGGGAUGUUAUUAGGACAUGUUGCAAAACGUCUGGCAGAUCAGGGAGACCUUGAAAUCGAACAAAGAAAGAUCACCAUCUGCGACGCGUUUGGUAUUUAUGAGGACUUGCGCAAGGCUCGCACUACAGCUAGUGUCAAGGGCGCUCUGAGGAACCGUGAAGUGUUCCACAUGCAAGAUGGGAUACUGCAAUGGCUGCGCGACCUUGUUUUGGGGUACUCUGGCAUGACACAAGAGACUGACUGGAUUGGCCUUAUGUCAAAACGCCAGGCGCAGAGCCUGGCAUCGGAUGCCCUUGCAGAGUGCAAGAGACGGCUGGACGAAGCGUAACACUGGAAGAAAGCCAUAAUCCCGAUGAAG